UUUUUGGCUAAUUAUUUUGAUCGGCUAGUCAAAUGCCGCCGCCACCGCUCGCCGCCACCGCCGCCGCCGACUUCACCAAAGGCACGCCUCCGUCCUAUUAUAUUGUGGACAAUGCUGAGUUGGUGAUUGUAGUUUUCCUGAUUGUGAUAAUUUAGGUAAGUUAAUAUUGAGAUUCAAUUUUAUAUUUGAUAUUGAUACUCAUGAAUAAUUUUUUGCAGUAAUUAAUUAUUUUUUUCGUUUGUCGAUCUGUUCGUGAGAUUAUGAAAUUCACUAAUUGUCUGAUUGGUAUCAUCUCCUUUUCGGUUUUCAAGUAGUGUAGUAAACAACCCUUGCUUAUUAUUAUUGCUAUCUAAUUCUUCGAGUUCGUUUUAACCGUGGAUGUUACUUUGAAGUUUAUCUGGAUCUAUUUUUCAUUUCCAGAAAUCUAAUUCAAUGUUUUCCAGCCGCAUUCGGCAUUUUCUGAUUCAUGUCGUCCGAUGCAAAUAUCAAGUUUCUAUAUGUUAAUUUGCAUCAAUUCGCAAGUUGUUGAAACUCCAAUAACUGAAAUGGUGGUUUGCAUGCUCGAACGAUGAAAAUGGUCAUGAUAUGCAUUUUGUAGAGAAAGAUACUCGUAAAAUGUUAGUUGUACUAUUGGCUUGAAAAGUGAAGAAAUGCUUUCUAUUCUUCUACGUAUAUGAUUGAAAUAGAGAUCAUUUCCAUGUAUACAUACAUACAUACAUACAUACAUACAUACAUACAUACAUACAUACAUACAUUCAUUUUAUUGUCAUGUCUCUUAUUAUUGGCUAGUUUGCGUUCUCUCUUUCUACAUAAGAAAAAUGUCAGUUAGUAAGUUCUUAAGUUCGUUUUUUAAUUCAUUGCAAUUUUAUUGGCUAUGCAGAAUCUAAAUAGAGAAUAAUGGUGUUGGCUAAGAGCGAUCAAGACUGAGAUGAAAUGCCAAAACCAAGAAAAACAAUCAGUUUUCAGCAUCACCAAAGCCUACUAGCAGUGGAUAUUGGGCUUACGAUCUCUUUCGAAAAUCCAAGAAUGGCUAAUGAAGAGUCCACAAAACAUAGUAAGGCCUAUUAGCAUUAGCAGUGAAUAUUGGGCUUCGAUAAGAAAUCCAAGAAAUGGCUCGUAGAAGUUAAAAACGUAGUAAGGUACUGUCAAGCCCAUCCAAUAUAUUUUGUUUCCGUAUGUUGCUGCCAGCUAAGAAUUGUUAAUGCUAAUACGGCAAAUGAGUUGGUGAGUUGGUGGAUGGAUAAGUCCGAAUUUAUUGCAAUUGACUGUCGACCGUAUCACCGCAGAUUUUCUCACCAUUAUAUAACACGCAUUCUCCGUGCACCAAUUCAUUCACCAUAUCUCCAUUUCUCUAUUCCUCUUUCAGUUUUCUUCUCAUCAGUUUUUCAGAUUUAAGGAUUUUGCUUUAUUUUUGGUUGAAAAUUAGAUGAGAUUUGUGUUUAUAUUUAGUUAUCGAUGAAGAAAUAUCCUCUGCUGGAAAUAUGCAGAGGAACGAGCUCAAUAUUAAGAGGAAAAGAAGUGACUCAAACAACUGUCAUCAAUGCCACAAUAAGGACAAAGAAAAUUGUCCUACAGAUUCGGCAACGUACCAGCUGGCUGCCCUCACCAAGUUAGAAAUCUAAAGGUUUAAUCCGGAAGAACUUUCAACAGUAGUGGAGUUGGGAAGGAAGCACAUUGCCCAAGAUCCAGUGGUAUUUUCUGUAAGCACUGGGAAAGCAAAUCAAGAAGCUACGAGAAAUCAACAAUUUGAAAGGGAAAAUAAAAAUAAAGGAAAGGAAAAAUUUGAUCCUUCAACCUCAGGAAACAACGAUCAAAGAUUCGAUGACCAAAAAUGUGGUGCUAUCUGGGACAUUUUUCGGAGGCAAGAUGUUCCUAAGCUGGAAGACUAUCUUCGGAGGCAUUACGAAGAGUUCAGGCGUGUCGUCCCUUUGCAGCAAGUAAUUAAAUCUUGACUUUGAAAACAAUGUUCUACUCAACUUAUUCUGUUAUGGGGUUUUAUCUCUCAUAUGCUGGUUCAUCCUAUUCAUGAGAAAGCAUUUUACUUAACAAUGGAGCAUAAAAGGAAGCUGAAAGAGGAAUAUGGAAUUGAACCAUGGACCUUUGUCCAGAGAUUAGGCGAUGCAGUUUUGGUACCAGCUGGCUGCCCUCACCAAGCUAGAAACCUAAAGUCGUGCACAAGUAUUUCUAUCGACUUUGUUUCAGCAGAAAGCGUCGGUCAGUGCAUCCGCCUAUCAACGGAGUAUCGGCGUCUCCCCAAAUAUCAUAGUUUUAAGGAAGACAAGUUGCAGGUGAAGGGAUUGGUUCUCAGUGCUGUCUGCCAAGCUGUACAGUACUUGGACAAGAUUGACGAUAUUACGUUAAGAAGUCCAUUUGCACCCCCCUUUGAGCAUGGGAAUGUACGCCAAAAUCCAGCUCAACAAGGGGAGAAACCUAGUAUUUUGCAAAUGAGGAGGGAGUUGGAGCGGAUGAAAUUGGCUCUCGAAACGAAGGGCCACCUUUUUCAACCGCAUAUGAAAGACUAUCUCUUAAAAGAGAUUACGCUCCUCACUAACAAAAUAAACUCCAGUGCUGGCGGCUCUUCUUCAUCUUAGUUACACCAUUUUCAAUGGUUAGCCUGAAUAAUAUUUUGACAUUUUCAUCUGUGGAACUAUACUUUAUUUAUAUAAUUUUGAGCCAUACUUUUGUCCGAUUUCAUGAAUUUCGAAGGCCCUGAGAAUUUUCGAGUUGGUUUCGGCAUGAUGCAGGCUAAUGUUUCCGUUUUUUUGAUUUAGUAUUAAGUUUGGGAAAAGGCAAAUUGAUAUUCCUGUUUGCUAAUGUUGUGUUUGCUGAAUGCACAGGCCUGUUAGCAGUGGAUAUUGGGCUUAGGUGCUCAUGAGAAAUUCACCAAACGUAGUAAGAUGAGCUGGUGUGGCGUGGCUGGAUAAGGCACAAUUUAUUGCGAAUCGCUGCAUUGACGGGCAGCCUUAUCACGGUCGAUUUUCUCACCAUUAUAUAACACUCGUUUUCCCUUCCCCGAGUCAUUCCCAUAUCUCCCAUCUCUCGAUUCCUCUCUCAGUUUUCUUCUUGUCGUUUUCUCAUAUAUUUGUAAGUUUUUUAUUUAGUUUUCGAAUGAUCAACAUUUAAUUUUCCAUCUUCCAACUAUUUUAUCGGAUUGAUAAUUUUUGAUUUAUUCUGGUUCAAAAUCAGAUGACAUGUCGUUUUAUGAGAUACGCAAUUUAUUUUUGUUUUUGAAUUUUGUACUUUCCGAUCUUUCAUCCCCCCUCCCGGUUUGAUUAACUUAUCCAUUUCUUUCUGGCAAUAUUCAUUUCUUGGGAAAUUCUUGAAAACACGACAGCUUUUACUUUGGACUAGAAAGAGUACUCAAAGAGAUCAUAUAUUUUUGUCAUUUUGAUUUGCAGAUUAGUUUUCUACGACCAACUUUUGACUUUUGUGUCCUAGCUAUCUUGCUUCUCUUCCUGAUGACCCCCUUUUUUUUUCUUUUUUCCUUUUUUUUUUUCUUUUUUUAUUGUGAAGUUACCAAUAAGGGAAAAUUAAGAUGAAGCGGCCCAAUCUGAAUGUAAAUUUCGUAAUUACAAUCCUGGCACUUCUCUACUAUGAUUUAUCCCGUCAAACGAAAAAAUUGUAAUGUGAAAUAUUUGAUUGGUUAUGAUACCUUUGCUCGUUUUACGUUCUAUUGUUUGUUGGAUUAUUUACAAAUUAACUUUCUAAAAAUAACGAUGUUCUUCGUAUAGCUUAAAUCAUCAAUUAAGGUCUUAUUUCUUGUAAUCGUUUCUUGACGUGAAGAUCUUUAUGUGCACUCUUAAUGUUUUAUUGCAAUUUUAAUUCGUGAAUAUAUACGUCGUUUCUAUCCUUUUUAUCGGCUACGUAUCAUUUCUUAUUCCAGGGAAGAUACGUAUGUAUACCCAGUAUUGCAGAAAUGAAGAGGGAGUUGGAGAGAAUGAAAUUGGUUCUCGAAACAAAAGGCCACCUUAUUGACCCUCAUGUGAAAGCCUAUCUUUUACAAGAGACUUUGCGCCUCCUUAACAAAGUAAACACCACCGCCGCCGAGUCUUCUACGUCUCAGUGACACCAUAUCUACCGAUGCGUUAACGUUUUUCAUACUAAAAUUUUGGGCAAUCUUUGUUUUUUGUUUUUCGUUUUUUGUGAGUUAUAAUGACUUUGGCGAAUCAGAAUUGACAUGAAUGUUUUUUUGUUUUUUAUUAUAAAAUAUAUCUUUAAC